CAUCCAGAUAUACAGAAUGCCUAAGAUCCGUAGAAGCAGAAAACCUCCCCCAGAAGGAUGGGAACUCAUCGAACCAACACUAGAGGAGCUGGAAGGUAAAAUGCGGGAAGCUGAGACAGAUGGUCACGAGGGUAAGAGAAAGACUGAAACCCUGUGGCCGAUAUUUAAAAUCCAUCAUCAGAAAUCUAGAUACAUCUUCGACCUCUUCUACAGACGGAAAGCUAUCUCCAGAGAACUCUAUGAUUAUUGCAUCAAGGAGAAGAUCGCUGACCAAAACCUGAUCGCUAAAUGGAAGAAGCAAGGAUAUGAAAACCUGUGUUGCCUACGAUGUAUCCAGACUCGUGAUACGAACUUCGCCACGAACUGUAUCUGUCGUGUUCCUAAAACUAAACUAGAGGAGGGGAGGAUAGUGGAGUGUAUACACUGCGGGUGUAGAGGCUGCUCUGGUUAGAUCCUGGAGUCAACCUGGAUCCGAAAUAUCAAACCAGGCUUUUUGAUAAAUCAGAUUCGUAACCCUAGAAUCCCAGUCUAUUUGUUCAAUCCGGAAUUUUUAGUAUCCAAUCAGCAUUUUGAGAAUCCAACCCGGAUUCUGACAAAUUAACAAAAAGAAUUAAGAAUCCAAGCUGGGUUUUGAUUAUCCAAUCCGGAUUCUUACUAUCCAAUCCGGAUACUGAUUGAUCACAGCUUUUCCAAUCCAACCCUGGACUCAAUAAAUCCAAAUCUCCUGAAUAAACAACUCGGAUUCUAACCAUCUAUCAUUAUUCAAUUUCGCCCAACUUACAGAAGAUAAAUAUCAUUAAUUCGGAAAAUGUAAUUAUUUUGUUCAAGCAAGACCCUGGAUUCACUUAAAUACAAAAUUUUGACACGCUUGUGUUUCUCACUCGUCGCACAUCUGUGGUAUAGAAGUGUAUUUAAAAAUGUAUUUUGUACUUUGUUUUUUUCAGA